GUGUGCUGUGCACAUUGCAAUCAACAUGUGCGCGAUGUGAUCAAGUGAAAGCCGGAAACUCAAAUUUACGAAUUUUCACUUUCUAAGUUAGAAAUUCUAAUUAAUACACACUUUCUGCUUUCACUGAGUUGUUUGUAUGUGCAUGUUAUUGAAUAUAACAAUUAAAGUGUAUAGAAAUAAUUUGCAAUUAAGAAAUUGUCAAAAUCAUCGAACACAAAUUUGUGAAAUUAACCAUGAAAUCUAAGCAUUUACUACAUCAAAGUGCUGCGGAACACAAUCUCACACAUAUCCUGAAACGAGCCUCCAGUCCUCCCCGAAAGAAAUCUGUUGGUGGGGGUCGAGGAAAAGGACGCUUCCAACAGCCCGUAGAUAAGCCUAAAACUAGGAAAGAGUUGCGGAAAGAAACACGUAAAAAUAAAAAGGCCACGAAACAUAAGUAUAUUCUGAACAAGUUCGGAAAAACGCCAGACACUGGAGAAAAGCCCGGCAAGAAGAAACGGGUACGGAAGAAUAGGAAGCGAAAUCGAAAUAAUAAUAAAAAGAUGGCUGAAGCAGCAGACGAGAAUAACCAGGGUCAAGAUAAUGACGGUGAUGGCGAUCAAACUGGAAAAUAUGUAAGGGCACUUCCGAAAGUGACAAAUAAGGGUGACAAACCUGGCCCAAGUGCGCGAGCUGCUUCGGAAAGGGAGGAGGACGACAAGGAGUUGGAGCAAUUGAAAAAAGAGAUGAUGACGACGAGGAAACGACGCAUUCUGGAGGAAAAUGCAGAGGAAGAUAAGUUUAUUUCACAAAUGGAGAAGAGGCUUAAAUUGAACAAGAAGGCAAAAAUACCAGCCUCUUUUAGAACGGAUGGUUUGGAUUAUUUGCUGGAAUUAUGUCAAUCAUCUAGAAAAAAGACAAAAAAAGAAGAUGAUGAAAAGUUGGAUAAAAUUAGUAAAAGCAUGGGUAAGGCAGAAGAAUUGGAUGACGAUGAUGAAGAUGAAAGCGUGGAUAACGAUGAAGACAGUGAAGAAAGUAUGGACGACUUGGAAGAUGACCAUGAUAUAUCUGGGGAUGAAGAAAUUGGUGAAGAAGAUGAACAGGAACGGAGUGAUGCUGAUGAAGACGACAGUGACGAUGAGGUUUUAAGUGAUAUUCCUGAAGGAAGUGACGAUUCAGACCUUGGCGACGAUACUGAAGACAGUGACUUGGAUAAAUCAGAAAAUGAAGGAAGUCUCGAUAACGGAGAGGAGUCACCAAAGCCAAAAAAGAAGAAAAAGAAAACCAAGGACGAGGGCUUGUGGGAAGAUAUUUAUGGAAGAAUGAGAAGAAAGGAUGGAUCUGUGGUUGAUGUAAAAUUAAAUCCCACUGAAAUCACGACGAACGUAUCAAAAUCCGAUCCGGUCAAAACGGCAGACAAACCAGUGACAGUUGUUCCCACUGGGAAAUACGUUCCUCCAAAUCAGAGGGGAAAAUUUACCCAAAAGGAUAGGAUAUCAAGAAGUUUGAAGGGACUACUAAAUCGAAUGUCGGAAGCUAACAUGAAUUCCAUUUCAAAACAGAUUGAAGAGCUUUACAUGGAAAAUAGUCGAAAUGAAAUUAACGAAUGCAUGUUGGAAUUGUUAAACGUUGCAUUGGUGCGAACGGUUGCUAUUCCGGAUCGAGUAAUUUUAGAACAUGUAAUGUUAAUCGCUAUACUUCAUGCUAACAUUGGAACCGAAAUAGGGGCAUUUUUUCUUCAAAAAUUUGUGGACAACUUCAAAACAAAAUAUGACUCUACCGAUACAGAAAUUGAUGAUAGUAAAGAGUUGGAGAAUUUGUUGCUUUUAAUUUCGUCUAUGUACCAUUUCAAGGUGGUAGAUUCUGGCCUUCUAUAUGACAUUUUGAAGCUUCUGGCAAGUAAUUUCAAACCAAUUGACGUUGAACUGAUUUUGGCGUGUUUGAGAAGUAUUGGGUUUCGGCUUCGAAAAGAUGACCCGAUAGAGCUGAAAGCACUAAUCAUUUUAAUCCAACAAAAAGCAACUGCUAGCAAGACUAGUACUACAAACAGUGCCAAAGUGAAAUUCAUGCUGGAGGUUGUGACAGCAAUUCGCAACAAUAAUAUGACAAAAAUUCCUAAUUAUGACCCCUCCGUUGGUGAUCAUCUCGCUAAAAACUUAAAGUCGCAUAUUCACAAAGGAAAUUAUGUCAGCACAAUGAAAAUCAAACUCGAAGAUCUUCUCAAUGCUGAGACGAAAGGUCGCUGGUGGAUUGUUGGUUCGGCCUGGUCAAACAUCGGCGAUGCUGAGAAAGAUACCAAGUCCGUUGAUGCCGCAACAUUUAGCAAAGAUAAGCAACAGAAUGAAAAACUUAUGUCCAAAGCUCGAGCACUAGGAAUGAAUACAGAAACAAGAAAAACUGUAUUUUUCAUUUUAAUGACGGCUGAGGACUAUGUUGACGCUUUCAACAAAUUAAACCAACUGGAUUUAAAGCACAAUCAAGAGCGAGAAAUUAUUCACGUGACUACAUAUUGUUGCAUUCAUGAAAAGAAGUUCAAUCCGUAUUAUGGUUUCGUCGCUUCCAAAUUCUGCACUCUUGAUAGAAAGCACAUGCUAACUCUACAAUACAAUUUGUGGGACCGUUUGAAGGACUUGGAUAAGCUCGAGUCUUACCAGCUCAUCAAUCUAGCUAAGCUACUAGUUCAUCUCAUAAAUGACAAAAGCUUGGCUUUGUCAUCUCUGAAAGUUAUCGAGUACGCGGAAAUGGACAAAACCAAGUUAAAAUUCCUCAAAGAAGUAUUGUGUGGUAUCCUACUUCAAAAAGACGACGACAAUAUGCAAGAAAUCUUCUUGAAAACUGCUGCUUCCGAAAAUUUAAUGUUAUUUAGAGAAAGUUUGAGACUUUUCAUGGGACAUUUUCUCCUUCAAGAAAAUGUUAUAACUUCUGAUGGCGAAAAUGUGGGGUGUGACUUGGACGAGGAGACAAUGGAGACGCUAAAAGAAAGAAUAAGUCUGGCAGAGUCUGCCAUGGCUUUGGGUAGAGGUAGAGUACAGUUGUAGGUAGUUAUUAAUGCAUUUUAUUUUAUUAUCAUGUUUUUAAAACAAUAAAGACUGAAAUAAAUAAUAAUUUUAAUAAUUUGGUAACUUAAAAA